AAUAUGUUUGUUCCAUUCCCUGCUGGCUUUGUGGCCACAAAUGGAGGGACAGCUAGGUUUCUUGAACACAGAGCCUGAGAGGCCUUGUCUGCAGCUGCUGGAAGCAGCCAGGAGACCCCAAAAGUGGGCUGGAGACUUCAACAAGGAUCGGGAACAGGGCUGCGCUGAGAGGCCCAGGGGCUAGGUCAGCAGCGCUGCUAGGCGGAUUUGGAGGGGAGCUGGGGAGAGGCGAGGCAGCCAGCUUUGCAGGAUUCCCACGGCACAGAGCCAGUGCUCAGGGGUUCCCUUCUCAGCGUUCCUCUCACCUGCUGUGAUUCUCUCGCACCUGGCAUGGAUCCGAGCUCCUUUCCUUAUGGCUGAGACCCAAACUGCCUACAAGUGGCCUCUUCUCCCUGUUCUUGCCUGGAAGGGUAGCAUGGGGCCUUAGGCUGUCAGCACUACCCGGGACCCUGGCAUUCACUUUGUCCAUAAUGUACAUAUGGAUGUAGGCAACUGCCCUCAGGGCUGUCUGGGGGCAGGACCAAGCCCAGCAGCCACACCUCCUGACACAGCCAGGUUCUCCCCCAACGUCGGAGCUGACAGGACUGUUCAUGGUUCACUGAGUGGACCCAGCAAUGCCUCAUUGAUAAUCCACAGUUGAGAGAAGAGGGGCGGUCAGAGACCGGCCAGCCCUCCCUUCUAACUGGGAGAGGCCUCUGCAGGCACUGACAGGCUCCAAAGAGCGCUGUGGGAGCAGUCAGCAUCCAUAGUCCCCUGGGAUCUUCCCUGGGCUGUUUUCUCUGACGUUUCACCUGAAACUAACUGUACAUAGCUGGGCUAGGAACCUUCUAAAUCUGAUACUUCCAGCAUGUGGCUUAGGGAAAAAUCACUUGACUCCUUGUUUACCUUCUGGCUAAGAAGUGAAAACUCCGGGUUAAUCUAGUCCUCCAGGCCCUGGAGUCCCACAGAGUGAUGCUGUCUGUACAACUAGAGGGCAGAGCCCUUGGUCAUGUCCACCCUUUGAUUAAGUGGGCAUCUCCUGUGCUGCUAGCUUUGUCCCCUCUGGGACUUGGGGUGGGGUUGGGACAAAGCCUGGUGCUGGGACAAAGCCUGGUGCCCGUGCGAUUCAUCUGCACAUUAUUUCUCCUCUCUGCCAUUUUAGGGUCGCACUGCGGCAGCCUGGCGCUCGACAUGUGAAAGGGAACCUGUCAGGAUUACUGCGAGCUAACAGCAGGACAGGCUGGCCCCGGGGAGCGGGGACGGGCAGAGCAGCUGCUGAACCUGGGCCAGCAGUACCAGGAAGGAGACCUGGGCCCUGAUGGGGAGCUCAGCACACGCUCGCCUGACCCAGAUGGUAUUGGACACAGUGCCCCGCUGAACGGCAGCUGUUCCCAACGCCAGAGGACCCCACAGCCACAGUAGGAGCUUUGCGACCCCUAUGCAACUGCAGCUGGGGCUGAGACCACGAGGAGAAGGCCCCAGCACCUCAUAUGGGAAGCAGUAGGGCAGGACCUACCACGAAAAGGACCUCGAUCUCUGCAGCGGAGUUUUCCAGCACUCACAGCCUUCCCGUUUUUCUCCUCUCAGGCCUGGGGUUUGGCUUCCCUCCUCUGGCAGAGGUUUUGGGCCAGGAGGACCAGCCCAGCCGAGGUAGGACACGUGCAUGGAACCCAGGUCUCCUGAAGCCCAUGUGCUCUCUGUUGUGGUUGGAGUUCUAGGGCUUCCCCGCUGCCGGGGACGAGGGGCCGCCUCAUUGUCUGCUCAUGAACCACAAGGACCCCGACUGCUCCAGACUGGAUUAUUUCAAGCCGCCAAAGAGGGGGACCCCUAGAGCUGGCAGCCAGCAAUCCCAAGGGACUAGAGGGCUGCGAUGGACUGACCUCCCCCUCACCAGGGUGGCGGGAGAGGCAGAGCCUCUGUGGCCCAGCUAGUGACAGACCCGAUGAAGCCCUAAGCCGGGGCCCCACCUGACUCAGGGACGGGACAGCCACUCCUGCCAACGUGCGUUCUCCCCACAUUGAGGGAGAGCGUGGCAAGGGACCCCUGCCACUGUCCCCUGCUACAGCACGUGCCCCUAUGCCCUUUGCAUGUGGUGCCAGAAUAGACAGGCUACACUGUGUCUGGCCCCUCAGUGGGCUGGGAAAGGAGUGGCCACGGUGACCACCACCCACCUGCUGGCACCAUGAAGUGCUCCCUGCGGGUGUGGUUCCUCUCUGUGGCCUUCUUGCUGGUAUUCAUCAUGUCCCUACUCUUCACCUACUCGCACCACAGCAUGGCCACACUGCCCUACCUGGACUCGGGGGCCCUGGGUGGGACGCACCGGGUGAAGCUGGUGCCCGGCUAUGCCGGCCUGCAGCGCCUUAGCAAGGAGGGGCUCUCGGGCAAGAGCUGCACCUGUCGCCGCUGCAUGGGUGACACUGGCGCCUCCGACUGGUUUGACAGCCACUUUGAUGGCAACAUUUCCCCCGUCUGGACCCGAGAGAACAUGGAUCUUCCACCGGAUGUCCAGAGGUGGUGGAUGAUGCUGCAGCCCCAGUUCAAAUCACACAACACCAACGAGGUGCUGGAGAAGCUGUUCCAAAUAGUGCCCGGCGAGAACCCCUACCGCUUCCGGGACCCCCACCAGUGCCGGCGCUGUGCUGUGGUGGGGAACUCCGGCAACCUGCGGGGCUCUGGCUAUGGGCAGGACGUGGACAGACACAACUUCAUCAUGAGGAUGAAUCAGGCGCCAACCGUGGGCUUUGAGCAGGAUGUUGGCAGCCGAACCACCCACCAUUUCAUGUACCCUGAGAGUGCCAAGAACCUGCCCGCCAACGUCAGCUUCGUGCUGGUGCCCUUCAAGGCCCUGGACCUUCUGUGGAUUGCCAGCGCCCUGUCCACAGGGCAGAUCCGAUUCACCUAUGCCCCAGUGAAGUCCUUCCUUCGAGUGGAUAAAGAAAAGGUCCAGAUCUACAACCCAGCCUUCUUCAAGUAUAUCCAUGACCGGUGGACAGAGCAUCAUGGGCGGUACCCUUCUACGGGAAUGCUGGUGCUCUUCUUCGCCCUGCAUGUGUGUGAUGAGGUGAACGUGUACGGGUUCGGGGCCGACAGCCGGGGCAACUGGCACCACUACUGGGAGAACAACCGGUACGCGGGCGAGUUCCGGAAGACUGGCGUGCACGACGCGGACUUCGAGGCCCACAUCAUCGAUAUGCUGGCCAAGGCCAGCAAGAUUGAAGUCUACCGGGGCAACUGAGCCGGGCCUCACCGCGACCCUCCCGGCCCAUCUGUUAGGUGCCGGCGCUCCGACCAGGGACCCGGGACCCGCAACCCAGGACCAAUCAUGCUGCAGCCCAGGGGGCGUCCGCUGCGCCCUGCCAAUCACGAGACACUGGGGACGGGCCGGGCCUGGCACUAAUCUGCGCUGCGGUCGGGCGGAGCUUCUGUUUCUCCCAGCCAAUCAUGCGACUCAAGGAGAACUUCUGGCGCUG